GCGCUGUCGACUUCACACGUACGACAUACGCUCCCACGCAUUAAAUACCAAUACAAGUUUCGAACUUCGCUCGGAGUCGAUUUCGAGAUUUGACGAUAUCGUUAUAACUCCAACGGAGAAUUAGACAUUUGCUUCUGAAAUAUUAUAUGAACUUCAGGUGGUUGAGUGUUUGAAUUUCGAACAGGAUAAUAUCCUCCGGCAAUUGCUUGGUGUUAACGAGGUUUACAAAGCAGUCAAAGUGUCUCCCAUAAAGUUGUCAGCGAUGGAUAGCAAUUCUGUUUCACCGAUGCCGGAACUAGCGCCGAUCGCGGAAUUCGAUAAGUCUCCGCCUUCGCCACCCAAUGAGGAGGUGCCGAUGGACGACCUGCCGCCGCCUCCAGCUACUAUCUCUCAGGCCGAAGGGAAGAAGAUUAAAGUACAACGUAGCCGUUCGUACGAGUCGGAUGAACAUGAGCGUGGUGCUUGUGAAUGGUGCGAGUAUGCUUUGGUCAUCACUUUAGCCACCAUCCUGCUGAUCGGCGUGUCAGCGCUCACCAUCUUCUGGACCUUCUUCUACAGAGAGGGCUAUGGCUGGGCUGAUGACAUUCCCGAAAAGCAAUUUAACCUCCACCCAACGCUUAUGGUGGCCGGUUUCAUCACAUUCAGCGGAUUUUCGGUGCUGCUCUACCGCAUCUGCCGUUGCUUCAGACGGAUUUACGUGAAACUACUUCAUGCAAUAUUCCACGCGUUGGCGUUCCCUUGCAUAGUCAUCGGUUUCCUCGCUGUUCUUGAUUUCCAUAACAAGAAGGGUAUCAACAAUUUCUACUCCCUGCACAGCUGGAUCGGCUUCGUUGCUAUGGGACUAUUUGGUCUUCAGUAUGCUGUCGGAUUCUUCAGUUUUCUCCUCCUAUUGAUCUGCAACAAGGGAACGGCAAACUUCCGUGCUUCGUUGGUGCCAAUUCACGCCGCGUUUGGUAUUUUGACAUUUGUCCUUGGAGUGUGUGCUUGUCUUACUGGACUCACUGAAAAGGCUCUCUUCACCCUUGGCGCGGAACGGUACAGCGGGCUGCCAGACGAAGGGGUGAUCAUCAACGCUAUUGGUGUUGCCAUCAUAGCCAUACUCGCCGUCGUCAUGUAUAUCGUAUCGAGGGACAAAUUCAAAGCAGAUUCCCGUGAAAUGAGAGCAUCUGUUGAUUUGUAGAUUCCAAAAUUUUUGACAAUUUGGAUCAACACUGCCAUGUCUUCACAUUUAACAGACUAUUUAUGUAUGUUAUUUAUCAGUGUUGGAGAUACAAUUGAAAUCUAUGUUCAAUUCAUUCAGUACAAUUUGUUAUCCAUAAAUUACAACACGGAAAUCUGCGGUGAUAAUAUAACCUUAAUAUAAAGACUAAACAAAUAUUUCAAGCCGUACCAGAUUUUCUAUAGUUAGUUGUUGUAAUAAAUAUACGAAAUCUAAUUUUAAAAUGACUAUUUCAAUGAAUGGUUAUAUGUUUAAGGAAAAUUAGUUUUUAAAUGUUUUAAGUUAACAAUAAAAAGUACCUACCUAUGUACAAAUAUGGAGGCUUUUAUAAUUAUACGAUAGAUUCGGUCUGCAUCAGACCAAAAAUAUAUUUUUUUAUAAAAUAAUAGAUAGAUAGCAUAGAUAUUUUUUUACUUUUUUUAUGAAAAAUAAUUGUUUGAUAUUGAUUUUUUUUAAGUGAAAAUAUUUUGUGGUAAUAAAAUAUUAUUGUAAGGUCUUGUCUUUGAAUUUUCGUGAGCAUGUGUAUGCUUUGCUAAAUUGUAUUGCUACUAACAUAAAACAUGUAAAUAAUACUUAAUUUUUUUAAUGUUAGUCCUCACAUUCAACACAUAUUAAUAUUUAAUAUAAGUAACUAUGUCGGUAAGUCCGUAAAUAAAUAAUAACUAAAUAUUAAAAGUUCUUAGAAAUACAAUAAAUAAACUUGAUUUUUCCUUUGUUUUUAUAAAUGAGACGAUAGUUUUGCGAUUUCCGCGAAAAUUACUAACGUAAUUGUCGAAGGACUUCUUUAAACAAAAAUGAAUUAAAGAGGUUCUAGUAGGUACCCUUAAAAUGUACCUACACUUUAAAUGCUAUACUAACCCGGGGCA